CCGGGCGCAGUGUGCGCUGGGCCUCAGACGGUGCCUCGCCGCCUGUGCCAUGGCCCCGCUGCGCUUUGCGGCCAACCUGGCCUGGCUCUUCCAGGAGGAGCCGGCGCUAGUUCAGCGCAUGGAGGCGGCUUCGCGGGCUGGAUUCCGAGCAGUUGAGCUGGGCUUCCCCUACACCUGCAGCGCCCCAGAGCUGCGCGCGGCUGCAGAACGGGACGGGUUGGAGGUGGUCCUACUCAAUACUCCGCCGGGGAACCAAGAGAAAGGUGAUAUGGGUUUAGGAGCAGUGCCUGGACGCCAGGCUGAAUUCCGGGAAGCCCUGGCUGUGGCUGUAAAGUAUGCCAAAGAACUGAAAUGUCCAAGUUUGUACAAGAAGCAGUUGACUGACCUUUCUUCUGCACUGAUGCAGCUCUGUGCUUUUAGGAUCCAUCUUAUGGCGGGCCGAUUUCCUACAGGUGCUAAAAGGGAUGCUGUGUCAACUGAGAUGGAAGCCACCUUUAUUGAAAACCUCAGAUACGCUGCUGACAUCUUGGAACAAGAAAAUCUGAUUGGAUUAUUGGAGCCUAUUAAUAACCAGAUUAGUGAUCCCAAUUAUUUUUUGACCACACCACAACAAGCUGCUGCCAUUUUGGAGAAGGUGGGAAGCCCCAGUUUGAAGCUACAGCUGGAUAUUUUUCAUUGCCAGAUCAUGAAUGGUAAUCUGACACAGAAUUUAAAGGCGUAUUUCCCAAUUAUUGGACAUAUUCAAAUUGCCCAAGUACCAGGACGACAUGAACCUGAUAGCCCUGGAGAAUUGAAUUUCCCUUACUUAUUCCAGUUAUUGGAAUCAAUGAGUUAUAGCGGUUAUAUAGGCUGUGAAUAUAAACCAAAAGGUAACACACUGGAUGGAUUAAACUGGCUGUACUCAUACUGGGAAGAUCACUGUGUGGGAAAAGUUGGGAAAAAAAUGAAAUAAAGACCAUUAUAGAUGGAAUAACCAACAGCAACAAUUUAUAUAUCCCACCAGAGGGAAAAAAAACCCCACUCUUUUGCUACUGCCUGAGAUACCAAAAUCACCCCAUUAUUUUGCAUUAAUAGGAGGAUAUUUCUUAGUAAAGUAAGAUGGUCAAUAUGUUUGUUGUUAUGAGUAUUAAAGCUGAAAAUCAUAUCACUCA